AGAACCAAUUGAUUGGAGUUUGCAUGCUGUAGGCGGAACCUGGACCUACUCGACAUCCCACUUUCAAGAGAUUGAUGACAAUUUUACUCGUGAACACAUGACAUUUACACGGCAACAGAGAAGGAGCGCUCACGUAUCACAUUCAAUAUUUAUUCCGCAGGUAGCAAAGAGGACAAGCCACGAGAAAAAGGAAAAACUGUAAAGAAGCGGGGACAAGAUCUGUGUGGAGAUAUUCGGAGUUCACCAUAGCACUGUAGUUUUGUCUGCACUGUGUUGCUGUUGUAGCCAGCUGGCCAGCAUGAACUAGAUUGAAAAGGGAUCAACAGGAUGACUGACUGACCUCACUGAACCAAAUCCAUUCAUUUCGACACUCGGCUGCUGGGCAUACAGUAUCUCACAAAAACUCAGGAAGGAAAAGAAGACUCCAGCCACAGCACUCAGGCGCUCACACACACACGCACACACACACACACACACACACACACACAAACACAAACACACAAACACAUACAUUAGCACUGAGCCAAGAUGAGUGAAGAUAAAGCAGCUGAAGGCAUGGAGCCUGCUCCUCAAGCAGCAGCACCACCAGCAGAGAUUAACACUAUUCCCAAUGGGAAAGGCCACGAGGCUGGGGAGCAGACAACAGCAGCAGCAAAAUCUCCCCCAGGAGACACCUCAGAGCAAGAAAUUGUUCCCAAUAGUUCCCAAAAUGUCAGAAGUGAGGAUCUGGAAGCAAAGCGUGCUGAGAGUCAGGAGUUCCUGUCCAGCAUUGAAGACAAGAAGACCACACGGUUUACAGAUUUUGAAGGGAAGACCUCUUUUGGAAUGUCAGUGUUCAACUUGGGUAACGCCAUCAUGGGAAGUGGAAUUUUGGGAUUGUCGUAUGCCAUGGCCAACACAGGAGUCGUCCUAUUUCUCGUGCUCCUGACGGUCGUAGCGGUCCUUUCUUCUUACUCCAUCCAUUUGUUACUCAAGUCUUCUGGCAUUGUGGGUAUCCGAGCAUAUGAGCAGCUGGGCCAACGGGCAUUUGGAACCCCAGGCAAGAUGGCCGCCGGCAUUGCCAUCACACUGCAGAACAUUGGAGCCAUGUCCAGUUACCUGUUCAUUGUGAAGAAUGAGUUCCCACUGGUCAUCCAGGCCUUCAUGGGGAUCACCAGCUCAUCAGGUGAGUGGUACCUCAAUGGAAAGUACCUGGUUGUCUUGGUGUCCAUCAGUGUUAUCCUACCUCUGGCUCUGAUGAAGCAGCUAGGGUACCUUGGUUACACCAGUGGCUUCUCUCUUUCCUGUAUGGUGUUCUUCCUCAUCUCGGUCAUCUACAAGAAGUUCCAAACCCCGUGUCCCUUUACAGACUUCACCUUGAACAGCACAGCUGUUUUGACUGCUGUUACCAAUGACACACAUUACAACCCAUCCUGCACCCCUAAAAUGGUCAACCUCAACUCACAGACGGCCUAUACCAUCCCCAUCCUGGCGUUUGCCUUUGUUUGCCACCCUGAGGUCCUGCCCAUCUACACUGAGCUAAAAAACCCCUCAAAGAAAAGGAUGCAGCAUGUGUCCAACAUCUCCAUUGUAGUCAUGUACACCAUGUACUUCCUGGCUGCUUUGUUUGGAUACCUAACCUUCUAUGGUGAGGUGGAGUCAGAGCUGCUGCACACCUACAGCCGUCUGGACCCGUACGACACACUGAUACUGUGUGUGCGUCUGGCCGUGCUGACCGCUGUCACACUCACUGUCCCCAUAGUGCUGUUCCCUGUAAGAAGAGCAAUCCAACAGUUGUUUUUUCCCAACAAAACGUUCUACUGGCCCCGCCACAUUGCCAUUGCUGUUACCCUGCUCACCCUCAUCAACUUGCUUGUCAUCUUUGCCCCAAACAUCCUGGGCAUCUUCGGCAUCAUUGGCGCCACAUCGGCCCCUUGCCUCAUCUUCAUUUUCCCCGCCAUCUUCUACAUCCGUAUCGUUCCUAAGGAGCAGGAGCCCAUGCGUUCCACCCCCAAAAUCCUGGCCGCCUGCUUCGCUGGAAUAGGCUUCCUAUUUAUGAUCAUGAGUCUCAGUUUUAUCAUCAUUGAUUGGACGUCUGGGAGUAGCAAAGGCAACGGUGGUCACUAAGCUGCUUCAACCAUCCUCAGUUUUUAUAUUGUGAAUCUAGACCUGUAUUGUAUUUGCUCUGUGUUGUCAUGGAUAUAUUUAGUAGGGCGCGCACUAUCUCUUCCUACAGAAGGAGUGAGCCACGGUGUCUUCGUGGUCUGGAAGUUUCCGCUCCAACCCUGGACUGCGGCUCACUCAGGGCACAUUGAACUAAAGCCCCAGCCAAACUGUGUUGAGGGGGCAAGGCCAAUAUACCUUCUGGCUCAGACAAUAGUGCAUUAAAAACAAAACGGUAACUGAAGCUAGUUUUCUGAAUCUGCCAACACCUGCCAUUCCAGCCCUGCCCCAAGAUCUGACCAUCUACUUCAGUCGACCACCCUAUGCGUUCCUCAACAAUAGGGGGGAAUAGAAAACACAAAGGAUGGUAGGUCAAGUUGUGUGUUUACUUAUUCAUGUAAAUAUUUCAUGGCAAUAUUCUGUUCAUUAGCUGUGGAAAUGUGGCAUUAAAAGCUAUUGGACUUAGAUUGGCAGUUAAUGUGGCAACGUCCAGUGUUCCGUGCUGCUGUUGUCACACGGUCAGCCAUGAGAUGUCCUACUAAGCACUCAGCUUCACUCCUCAUAUGAGAGGAUAGACGUUGACUCUGCCACUACAAUACAGGAGGAUACAUACAAAGCUAUAUCUUUUUCAUAAUUGUUAUUUCAUAAUCAAAGACAGGAUGUAGACUUUGGAGUCUAUAAUCAGAAACAGUAUCAAGGUUAUGUGACAUAGGUGUGUCUGUCUCGUAUUUGGCAUAGUUCUAAAAUGGAAGUACAGUUUGGCUAUGAGCUGUCUUCUCAGCUGGGUGUUAAAGAGGUGUUGGUGGGUACCGUUAACCCUUGUCAUUGGAUCUUUAGAAUUGUAUUUCUAAGAGGAUAGUUGCAGAGGAUACUUUCUACCUGGGCUGGUGGUUGUGGUGUUUCUGAAAAAAAAUGUAUAUUUCUUGAAAGUAAUCAGAGAUUACCAAAAAAUAUAAAGAUAACUCACAGGGUCAAUUCAGUAUGUGGAGAAUCGAGGAUGGCGAGAGCAAAUGUUAUUUCCAGGACAAGCCAGUUCUAUUGUUGUUUCUUCGUCACUAACUAAAGUUCAGUCUGUUGACAUGAUGUGGUGUCAUUGUCUCUCUAACAUCCCUGUUAAGUAAAUGGUUAGUUAUAGCACUUUCAGCUGAUAAGCACAACCUCUUCCUAUAAUCAUUAAUCAAUUGACAUGCAAACAAUUUAUUUGUAAGAUAGGUAUGUUUUAAAAAUAUGAUUUUAUAGGGUUAAGACUGCCCUUUGUAAUACUAAUAACAAUAUCUGAAACAUUCCUAAAUCAUACCUGUAUAAUCCAGUGUGUUACAUUACAAAAAUAUAUGUAUGUAAGGUCUAACAUGGUACAAGGAUGUUUCCUCCAACUACUUGAAGCUCUUUGUCACCUGUUCUGUUUCUACAUAGUGCUAAGCAGCCCUUUACUGUUUAGUGUGAACAUGGUGUGUGUCUACUGCUUUGCUGUGUGGAGAUAACACAACUAUGUACAGUAGAUGUACUGCAAGGAUUGUGUGUCGAUUUUCUCAAAAUGAAACACGGCUCUACUGUAUUUGAAUUGUGGUGCUAUUGUAUUGUGAAACGAUCAAUAGAUACAUUAACUUUAUUUGUUAUUAAUGUGUUGAUCUGUUAUCAUUGAUACAUGGGCCGUUAUACAGUAUUUAAUCUAAGUCUUGGACUUCUUAAUCCUAUUGACUCUUCCUAAAUGAGUCGUAUAUAAUUCAGAAGCCUGGCUGUAAAGUUUUUUCAGGUAUGAGUGGUAUGGUAUUUCUGAUUUGUUUUUAAACAUCCUUGUAGCUGCUUUUGGGGAUUGUUGGCCAACUGAGCAGGUUUGAUAGAUCAGAUGUUCAAGUCUUCUGUCCCUCGGAUGUUUCCCUUGUGAUGCAAUUUGCGCACUAUAGUGCUGUAAUAUUGUUUAUGAGUAUUGUAUCAUUGUUCUGUCAAACUUGGUUCAGAAGCACAACAAACUCCUCUUUUAAUCAAUAACUGACACAUUUUUCCUCAGUGAAUAAAGUUCCGUCUGAAUUAGCCAGUGUACUGAGAGACUUAUCAGAAUCAGCCAGCUCUACAAUACACUCUCUAUCCAAUUGUCAAAUAUUUUGUAGCUUAAUAGAUUCAUUUUUUUCUAUUUAGAUAAACUUCAGGAUUUAAAGUUAUACAUUUUAACAAUAUGUCUGUGUCGUUUUGAUGUCAUCUACAAUUGGUAUGUUAUUUUCUCUAACGUGUCAGCCCUUACAAAUACCAUGUAUUAGCACCAGGGGGAGACAUUGUGUUAAUGUUGCUAAUAUGAUACCUCUAACUGGUAACUGGCACCUGGAGUACCAGGUUUGGCUUCAUUAAAUUGUUAUAUGGGUUCGUAACAACUUAUAUGAACUAUCGACUUCAGCCAGCUUUUAUAAAUAAUGUAUAUAAAUGUAAACCCUUUAUAUUCAAUAUGCAUAUCUAGUUUGUAUAUUGUAAAUAGCAGGUACAGUUUUAGACUGAUGAAAAGGUAAAUGUAAUCAAUUUUAAGUGCUUUUAAACCCUUUUUGCCCCUCAAUAUAUGUCUUUAUUUUCUUGUAUCUCAAUAUAUUUGAAUAAAUUCCUGGCAGUUAUUGUACUGUAAACAAUAUUGCAAUAAAAAUAAUAAAAUAACAUUA